AUGAUUCCUCUCAGCAACGCGGCUCAGAUACCGUUGGGCUCAGCCGUCAAGUUCCCAUGGAUCCAACGGUUUGCAUCCGUGGGUGAUUCGUACUCAGCCGGACUAGGCUCUGGAGAUCGCCUCGAUUGGUCGUGCUCUCGAUAUACACAAUCGUAUCCGAACAUUUUGCAUACUUCUCUCCUCAGUAACAAUCCAAAUCUAACACACCAGUUCCUGUCCUGUUCAGGAGCUACCAGCACCGAGAUUCUUGAGAAGCAAGUGCCAGCCCUGGAGAACGAACUCGAUCUUCUCACCAUAUCUGCUGGUGGAAAUGAUAUUGGUCUAGGGCCCAUUUUGAGCAGUUGUGUUUACCAGUUUUACAUGUCGACCGAAGAUGCAUGCCAGAAGUCGAUGGAUGAAGCGCGAGACAGAAUCGUCAACGAAACGCAACUGUACAAGAAUGUGACGACCCUCAUCGAGGCCACAAGGCACAAUAUGAAUCAACAACACGGUAUCAUAUAUUAUACAGGAUAUACAGCCUUCUUCGGCACUGGUGACGAGAUCUGCGACAAUGUUACCUGGGCCGUCUGGCGCUCGCUUGAAUAUUCAAAGCAAUACCUCACCCUCUCCAUGCGCAAAGAACUCAACGCAAUGGUUCGCUCCGUCAACGCCAUCAUUCGUAAAGCAGUCCUAGCAGCCGGGCGCAAUGUCCGUUUCAUCGACUACGACAGCCAGAUUGAAGCUGUGCGCGGCCGAUACUGCGAGUCUGGUGUUCUCGAGCCCGAUCCGAAUCGUCACGGUCUUGCGUUUUACGAAUGGAACACCGUAGAUAGCGGCGAAAAUAAGACGGAGCUUCAGAACCGUACUGGUGGAGAUGUACCGAAGGGAUCGUUCCAGGGUAACAUAGGGGAGCAGAUCAAUAAGACACUGGGAGAGCAUCCUGAGUGGGAGUUUGACCCGCACAAGGGAUUUAUUAAUAGAACCAAGGGGGCGGUAGGCGAGGAGGGAAUUAUUGAAGAUACAGUACACUGGCUACUGCCUGACUCUUAUAAGAGAGUAUUUCAUCUGCGACCUGAGGGGCAUAACAUUGUUGCGAGGAUGCUGAUCGAGGAUCUUGAGAAGAACGGGCCAGGUAUACCUAUUGAUAUGGACGAGAUGGACGAGGUGUAG